AGUCGAGGUUGAAUUUACGGAUGCUCACAUUACCAGGCAGUUGUAGCAGAGAGAACAGAGUUUCACAUUUUUAUUGUGAAUGUUUUUUUUGCAAACGCAGCUACGCACAGUUCGCCGCCUCCUUAAAGCAAUAAUGCAUUUCCGCCUUCAGCACUCAAGACAAGGUGGAUCUGUCUACUAUUUACAGUACUGAACUCCUGUACCACCCCAUGUUUUAACAUUUUUGAACAGUACCAGAGAGCGAGAUCCCAGUUUGUACAAACAAUUGCAGAACUCGCCACAAGGCCACAAAAUAUUGAAACUCUACAGAAUGCAGGUGUGAUGUCUCUUUUGAGGCCUCUUUUAUUAGAUGUGGUUCCAACCAUUCAGCAGACAGCAGCCCUGGCACUGGGACGGUUGGCCAAUUACAACGAUGAUCUGGCUGAGGCUGUUGUUAAGGGAGACAUUCUUCCGCAGCUAGUGUAUUCAUUGGCAGAACAAAAUCGUUUCUACAAGAAAGCUGCAGCUUUUGUAUUGAGGGCUGUUGCCAAACACUCGCCUCAACUAGCCCAGGCAGUGGUGGAUUGUGGAGCCCUGGAUGCACUGGUGGUCUGUCUGGAGGAGUUUGAUCCUGGGGUGAAGGAAGCUGCAGCAUGGGCAUUGGGAUACAUUGCACGUCACAAUGCAGAAUUGUCACAGGCAGUGGUGGAUGCGGGAGCUGUUCCUCUUUUGGUUCUUUGUAUCCAGGAGCCAGAGGUGGCACUGAAAAGGAUUGCAGCUUCUGCACUCAGUGAUAUCUCAAAACAAUCCCCAGAGCUUGCUCAGACUGCGGUGGAUGCAGGGGCCAUUGCUCAUCUAGCUCAGAUGAUCCUGAAUCCUGAUGCUAAACUGAAGCGUCAGGUGUUUUCAGCUCUCAGUCAGAUGGCAAAACAUUCCGUGGACCUGGCAGAAAUGGUUGUAGAAGCAGAAAUUUUCCCGGCUGUUCUAACAUGCUUAAAGGACCCAGAUGAAUAUGUGAAAAAAAAUGUUGCAACUCUAAUUCGGGAAAUUGCCAAGCACACUCCUGAGCUCUCUCAGCUCAUUGUUAAUACAGGAGGUGUGGCUGCUGUCAUUGAUUAUAUUGGUGAUUCCAGGGGUAAUGUCAGACUGCCUGGUAUCAUGAUGCUUGGCUAUGUUGCUGCUCACUCGGAGAACCUGGCAAUGGCAGUGAUUGUCUCCAAGGGGGUGGCUCAGUUGGCUAUCUGCCUGACAGAAGAACCAGAAGACCACAUUAAGGCUGCGUCUGCUUGGACCCUGGGGCAGAUAGGGAGACACACUCCAGAGCAUGCUCGUUCUGUUGCUGUGGCAAAUGUUCUGCCAAAGCUGCUUGAACUCUACAUGGAUUCUGAAAGCUCUGAAGACCUUCAGAUUAAGGCGAAAAAAGCUCUGAAGAACAUCCUGCAGAAAUGCACAUAUCUGCAAGCUCUAGAUCCAUUGCUACAAGAUGCACCUUCCAAUAUCCUUAAGCAUGUUGUUGGUCAAUACAGUAAGGUCCUACCACAUGAUACCAAAUCCCGGCGUCUUUUUGUCACUAGUGGUGGCCUGAAGAAACUUCAAGAAAUUAAAGCUGAACCAGGUUCAGUUAUGCAGGAAUAUAUCAACGCCAUUAACAACUGUUACCCUGAAGAGAUUGUCAGGUACUACUCUCCUGGAUAUUCAGAUGCAUUAUUGGAAAGAGUGGAAAACUACCAACCAAUUCCUUGAGCCACUCACUAGUACCUUUCAAGCUAAAACACAUAUAUUUGGUUACUACUCUGUUAAAACCUUGUGAAGUAUCUAACAUUUUUACUAACAUUUCCCCGAUAGUUUGCAGUAACUACUACUAUUACUUACUAUUCAGAUUAUUUUAAUGUUUAAAGCAAGUCCAUCUGAAAUCAAGUUAUCAUCCAAAUAAAUGCCCUUAUUUUAAACACUUGUACUGUAUAAUUUGCAUUCCAUAGCAAUUAAUACCAUAGUGCCUAAUUGCCCCCAAUUUAAUCGUAUAUUACUUUGCAGGAAAUUUUUCAUUAAAGGUUUAUGAAGUCAUUUUUUACUGAGCACAGGCCGUGUAUUUUAUGUAUAAUGUGCAAUUUUAAAUUCCUAGAUGUGACACUCUGAUACACAUAUUAUUAUUCAGCAAUAAACAAGAAAACUUUGGUU